ACUGCACUUGUGUGAGACUUCCAGCCGCUCGAUCAGUGUCAAUCUCUUCUGUACAGUGUCUUUAGAUCGGUCGGAAUUAAACCAUUUAACGUUACUCAUGUCAAUCUUCUGAUAAGCCGAUGGAUUUGUGUGCAAACUGGGCAUUUGAAAUGGACGCAGCUCAUUUGUAUUCAUAAGGAUGAUGUCUUCCCUGCACUGCUCAUCAGCUGCUUAUAGAAUGAGCCAUUUCUAUCUACAUACACCGUGGUUCCCCUUACAUGGAAUUCGCCAUGUUGUUUCUACAGUAGCCCUAAACGGACAAACUGCUCUACAGGGCACGUUUCGUAAAUACGUUCUCCCUCUGCAAAGAAGCGAAAACGUGACAUCUUAUUCCCGUGUCAGCCACCGUAGUGCUUCAAAAGGGAGGGGUGAGCGGUGGAGUGAGCCAUUGGUUGCACUUCGCAACCUCACCACUAGAUGUCACUAAAUUUCAUACACUGGACCUUUAAAUGUGUUCUUGUGUUGUGCCUCAUGGUGUGAUUUUUGUUUUAUAAUGCAAUAGUGUCUAUACAUGUAAAAGUGUGGUUAAAGUGUACAGAUACUUUUGGGGAUUCAUUUAAAUGUAAGAUACCUUGAAAAUCAAUAGUAGAUUUGAACUUGUCUUGCGAUUCUCGUAUUCCGGCCACAGCCUGUGUCACUGUCUAUUGUUGUACGAUAAACUCUUCACACUUCCACGUUUUGUUUCAUUUAAUACUAGUUAUUUUACUCAAAUAGGUUAAAUCUGAAUUUGUAAACUUGUUUUUUUUUUCAAUAUCCUGGUACAUUUCCUCCAUUGACCACUACAGUUUACAAUCCUUUAACGUUCCGGAAGAGAACGACGAGACUAUGAAUAAAACCAACAUUGACGACACUGUCUGCGACUCGGACACCACCGAUUCCCAACUCUUUCAUGCUGACUCCUGCGUGUCGGACUGCGAAUCCUCCCUCAGUUCCCAGGCUGACUUCCCAAAUACCUACAGAGGCAAAAACAUCAACUACAGAUCCAACCGGUGUAGCUACAGCACAUACCAGCCCCCUCUGGGUCUCCCCUCUGGCUACAGUCCCCAGACGCCCUUUCCCAGUCAGACCGAGAUGUGUAUGAGUACCCUGGAGCCGCACGACAGGGAUCAGCCCCGCUUAAGUUCACUGGGCAGCAGUUCAAUGGAAUGCCCCAGUAGCAACCCUCCUUCCUGCUUGGUUUCUGGAAAUUACAGAAGCUACCGUGGUGAUUCCUGUUACUCCUGCUCUCCAGACGGGCACAGUCAGGGAGAUUUGAGUCUGGAACAGCCUCGCUCGCUGCGCUCUAUUCCAAAUGCCUUCGCACCGCACGGCUACUACAUUCCCCCGCACGCCUACCCCUCCCACAGGCCACCCUGCUGUAGCCGGUACCCUCCGGAGGCGAGUCAUAUGGAUCAGGGUUCCUAUCACAGACAGCAUUAUCACACGCCCUGUUGGCCUUCACGCCCUGAAAACAGCAUGCAGUUCUGCUCCGAGUUCACUCCCAGUGGCCACACCUCUUCGCAUCCUCGAACUAAACUAACCCCAAGCACAACCCCUCUGUCCCUGGAGCAAAGGAAGGUGUUUGUUACUUAUGAAGCAGACAGUGAAAAGCACGUCAAAGAGAUCAUCAACUUUGUGGCGCUACUGAGGCACAAUGGCUUCUAUACUCACAUUGACAUGUUUGAGCAGCAGUUUAAAAGCAUAAGCAAGAUUGACUUCAUGGAGCGAUACAUAAAUGAGAAAGACUAUCUGAUCAUCAUAGUCAUUAGUCCGAAGUACCAUGAGAUUGUCACCAGUGCAUCAUUUUACAUGGAAAAUGAUGAGACACUCAACACUGUCUACAUCCACAAACAGUUACAAAACGAAUUCAUUCAGAAUGGGGCCAGGAAUUACAGAUUUAUCCCUAUCGUGUUUCCUGGUGCCAAGAAGUGCCACGUCCCUUCAUGGCUUCUAAGUACACAAAUCUUCACCUGGCCCAGGGACCGAGAUGACAUCCUUCGUAGGCUUAUGCGUGUUGAGAAAUAUAACCCUCCACCCAUUGGAGAACUACCCACCAUUGUCUCUAUCCCUAUUAGUUGAGAUCCCAAUCUUGUGCUUUGAGAAGGUUUGCUCAGUAAAUGUGUGAUCUAAUGUAAUCAAUAAAAAGGCCUGCGAUCUGUUUUAAUAGUAUUCAAAAAGAUUAUUUACCCAUCUGAAUCUAAAACCCUUUAAGGUAUUGUUUUAUGAAUCGGUAUGAGUCCCAUUGUAUAGAAGAAUCACAGCUACUAUCUGUAGCGAUUGCAAAUUGAUCAAUUAAACAUUGGUUGAAUGAU